UUUCCCGUGGCGACCGCCGCCCUGCUCCUUUGUGGCUGUUGCUGUUGUGGGAAGCAGUCAUUUGGUCUGUUCAUCUGCCCCGGGGCCUCGCUGCUGGCCGCUCUCCACGCCCGCUGGCUCCAGCUCUGUCCUCUCGGGACCUUGCUCUUCUCAAAGAUAAUCCAGAGGAUAAAUGGGGUCAGGGUCUCCUGGAAGCCAGGUCUGAGCUACGUAACUGCACCCCAGCUACGUAACUGCACCCCAGCUACGUCACUGCACCCCAGCUACGUCACUGCACCCCAGCUACGUCACUGCACCCCAGCUACGUCACUGCACCCAGCUACGUCACUGCACCCCAGCUACGUCACUGCACCCCAGCUACGUCACUGCACCCCAGCUACGUCACUGCACCCCAGCUACGUCACUACACCCCAGCUACGUCACUACACCCCAGCUACGUCACUGCACCCCAGCUACGUCACUACACCCCAGCUACGUCACUACACCCCAGCUACGUCACUGCACCCCAGCUACGUAACUACACCCCAGCUACGGGAAAGCCAGGCGGCCGUGGCACCAGCAUCUUGAAAAAGAGCAGUUAGUCUGCUGCCUGAGGGCAGAGCUGUGGCGGCGGAGAGCUUAUUAUCUGACAGGGUGGGGUGGGGGCGGGAGCAUGAGUGUGGCGACUGUUAGGAGCCACAGCUGGAGGCUCAGGGCGGAGCCCCGGGUGGUAGAAGCCUAGGAUUUGAGGGCUGAGUACUGGUGGAGUCAUUAGGGGCAUUUGUGACACUUGGAACCAGAGUGACCGGCUUUGGAGGCGGGAUGGGCCAGGACUCAGGCCUGGGAGGGCAGGGAGCAGAGGUCAGUAGGAAGGAGGGAGGGGCAGGCAGGAAGGACAUGGAAUGGCUCCUUUGGUCUCUUAGGCUCGGAACUUGCUGAUAAGCACAGGGUUUGCUUCCUUGGGGUCAGCCUUUGGCAGUGGUGAGAUUUGCAUGGGGUUUCUGGGUUCUUUGUGUUAUUCUUUCAAGUUCUCUAAGUUUGACAUUCUUACCCAGAACUCCUCACAGCAGCUUUCUGUCCGCGUGGCAGGCACAGGGGCUGCCCAGUUAGCCGGGCCCUUUGGGUCCGGAAAGCCAGGUCCAGAUGGCGAUUCCUGGCCCAGCUGUGGUGUGUACGUGGGACUGUAUGACAGAUGGCGUCUAAGCACAACCUUCCAGGCUUGGGAGAAGGUCACCAAGGAAUCAGUGACUUUCAGGGAUGUGGCCGUAGACUUCACCCAGGAGGAGUGGGGGCAGCUGGACUCUCCUCAGAGGGCCCUGUACCGGGACGUGAUGCUGGAGAACUACCAGAACCUUCUCUCCCUGGCAGGGCCUCCGGUCUGUAAGCCAGAAGUGAUCUCCCAUCUGGAACGAGGCGAAGAGCCAUGGCAGGUGCCCAGAGAAGUCCCGGGAGGGGCUCGUCCAGAGCGGGAGCCCCGGCCUGAGGGGAAGGAGCUGUGUCAGCAGCAGGGCAGCCGCAAGGAAGAGCCAGCACCGGAGUCGGUGGUGGAGGGGCCGCCGAGGUCCUGUCUCCACGGCCUCGGUCCAGGCGCCGGGUGGGCCUGGGAGGGCCCGGCGGCCGCUCUGUCGAGAGGGGAGGCUGUGCUCUGGAGGUGCGGGCCCCCCGGCUGUGGGGAGAGUUCCACAGUGGAGCAGCGGCCGGGACACGGGGCGUCUGUGGAGGCUUUGCCCCUCGGGUGCCCCCUCUCCACCCAGCAGAGCACAGGGACUCUCAUUCCGACAGAGCGAGGGCCUCCUCACGGACGCACCGAGAACCGCCAGUCCCCGGAGGCUGCCUCCCAGCACCCGAGGCUGUCCCCCGGCCCGGGGAGAAACGGCUGCCAGGCCAGUGAACACGGGACGCCGCCCGCCCACAGGCAUCCGAGCGCGGGGGCCGGGGAGGGGCUCUUCGCGUGUGGCCAGUGCGGGAAGGCCUUCCACCAGCGCUCGGCCCUCAGCCUGCACCAGCGCUGGCACGCCCGGGAGAAGGCCUACCGGUGUAGCGAGUGCGGCAAGGCCUUCACCUGGAGGACCAACCUCCUGGAGCACCAGAGGAGCCACACCGGGGAGAAGCCCUUCCUCUGCGGCGAGUGCGGGAAGGCCUUCAGCUGCCACUCGUCGCUGAACGUGCACCACCGGACGCACACCGGCGAGCGGCCCUACAAGUGCACGGGCUGCGAGAAGGCCUUCAGCUGCAGCUCGCUGCUCAGCAUGCACCGCAGGGUGCACACCGGGGAGAAGCCCUACAAGUGCGGCGAGUGCGGGAAGGCCUUCAACCAGAGGACGCACCUGACCCGGCACCACCGCAUCCACACGGGGGAGAAGCCCUACAAGUGCGGCGAGUGCGGGAAGGCCUUCACCUGCCACUCGUCCCUGACCGUGCACGAGAAGAUCCACAACGGCGACAAGCCCUUCAAAUGCAGCGACUGCGCGAAGGCCUUCAACAACCGGUCGCGCCUCACCCUCCACCAGAGGAUCCACACGGGCGAGAAGCCCUUCACGUGCGGGGACUGCGGAAAGGGCUUCAUCUGCCACUCCUACCUGGUCGUGCACCAGCGGAUCCACAGCGGGGAGAAGCCCUUCAAGUGCAACGAGUGUGGGAAAGCCUUCAGCUCCCACUCCUACCUCAUCGUGCACCAGCGGGUACACACGGGGGAGAAGCCGUUCGACUGUAGUCGCUGCUGGAAGGCCUUCAGCUGCCAGUCGUCCCUCAUCGUGCACCAGCGGAUCCACACGGGCGAGAAGCCCUAUAAGUGCGGCCAGUGCGGCCGGGCGUUCAGCCAGAACCACUGUCUCAUUAAACAUCAGAAAACCCACUCUGGGGAGAAGCCGUUUAAAUGUAACGAGUGUGGCGAAGCGUUCAGCUGGAGCACCCACCUCGCUGAGCACCAGAGGACACACCGCGAAGAGAAGCCCUUUGCCAUCCAGCUCAACAAGCAUCUGCUGAGCACAUACUGUGUUCCCAGCGGUCUGCUGGGUGCCGGCGGCUUGGACCCCGUAAACUCCCUGGACGUGGCAGAGCUCCUGUGUGUGGUUCAGCCCUCCGCCAGCAGGAACUUGCCCCUGGGCAGCAAACCUGGGAAGUAGCCUGGUGUGCUUGUCACCUGGCCGCUUCCCUGGGGAACGGGGAGCACAGGGACUCCUGUAUGUGCCGCAGCAGACCCCUCCCAGGAGCGUCCCGCCCUCCCGGAGAAGGGAUGCCCUGUGGGGAGUGGGGUUGAUGUCCCAGGGUCCUGCUUCCUCUGGUGGGUUUGGGAGUCCACCAGGGGAUUAGGUCUUUCCUGCAGAUAAAAGGUCUGUCAAUCAUGUCCUCAGGCUCCUGGCAUGACUUAGGUCAAGAAUUUCAUCUGUGGACUGAUAUUUAGAAUAACAGGAAGAAUUUUUUAAAUCAGAAUUAUGAACAGUAGUGCCUCCAAGCAAACAUUAUUGCUGGCGAGGAGGAUGCUGUUAGAGGCGGGAGUCUGGGGACAAGCGGGUUUCCUGGACUCACCUCACAAGUGGCUCCACCCAGAGUCCUUCGCUAGAGGCCGCACCCACGUCCCCGAAGCACAGUCAGCAUCAGACGUGCCGGCCCCACGGUGGCAGGCGGAGCCCGGUGGGUCGGGGAGGGUGGGUGCAGUGUCCGGAUAGAUGGGCCUAGAAGUGCACCUUCCCCCCAGGCUGGGGCUGCCUGCCGGGCCUCCCCUCACACCAUGAGGCUCAGCUCAGCAGUGCCACCCCGAGGGAGAAGCCCCCAGACCAUCCCCACGUUCCCUGCAGGGACAGGAGGACCCGUGUUCAUCUGGAAUUAAUGUUCUUUCUACUCAGUUCUCAGCAAGUAUAAGAGGCCUUCUCCGUGAUAAUACUUGACAUUUGUAUAGAGCACUCUAGUUUAUGAAAUGCUUUUUCUUAUACUUUCUAAAUUAUGGAGGCAAGAUAACCACAUUUCAGAGAAUGUGGAAUAAAUGAGAGAAAACACCCAUAAUUCUUAAUAAAGCUGCAUUUCGCACUUUGA